UGGGAGUCAACCUGAAUCCGGCCUUCACGCACUCCUGGUUCGUACCGGCGGAUCUGUGUGUUUCCUACAAACAGACUCCUCUCCUCGAACCAGGUAUCCUGGAACUGAGGAAAGAAAAGAGCCGAGACGCAGCCAGGUCGAGACGCGGAAAAGAGAACUUCGAAUUCUACGAGCUGGCCAAAAUGCUCCCUCUCCCAGCCGCCAUCACCUCCCAAUUAGAUAAGGCUAGUAUCAUAAGACUGACAAUCUCUUACCUCAAGUUGAGGGACUUCUCUGGUCACGGCGAACCACCUUGGAGCAGGGAUGGGCCGCCGCCCAGCAAAACACUCAAAGCUGCACGAAAUAGGUCACAAGGGAAUUUAGCAAUGGAUAUUUUCGAACAACACCAAGGAACACAUAUAUUACAGUCUUUAGAUGGAUUCGCAUUAGCUGUAGCAUCUGACGGACGAUUCUUAUACAUUUCUGAAACUGUAUCAAUAUACUUAGGACUUUCACAGGUUGAAAUGACCGGCAGCAGUAUAUUCGAUUACAUCCAUCAUCAGGAUCACUCGGAAAUCGCCGAACAGUUAGGAUUAGGUCUAUCGCAAAACCAAAGUUUGGCGUCGCCGGAAAGCGGAUCAGAAGAGAGUUCUUCGACUGCAGGAACGAACAAUCCUGACGUAUCGACGCAGAUGACGUUGGGGAACAAUCCACCUUACAAAGGCCUAGACAGGGCGUUUUGUGUUAGGAUGAAAUCGACUUUAACGAAAAGAGGCUGCCAUUUCAAAUCAUCAGGGUAUAGGGUCGUUCUGAUUCUGAGCAGGCUGCGGCCGCAAUACACCUUCUCCCACUCCCGCAAAUCGCAACCCCCACUGCUGGGAAUGGUGGCGCUGGCUAUCGCCUUGCCGCCCCCCAGCGUGCACGAGAUCCGGCUGGAGUCGGACAUGUUCGUCACCAGGAUCAACUUCGACUUCAAGAUCGCUCACUGCGAGCCCAAAGUGACGGACCUGCUGGACUAUUCGGCCGAGGAGCUGACCGGCAGGAACCUGUAUUCGCUGUGCCAUGGGGAGGACGCCAAUAAGCUGAGGAAGUGUCACAUAGACCUUAUCAAUAAGGGACAAGUCCUCACACACUACUACAGGCUCAUGAACAAAACUGGAGGAUACACUUGGAUGCAGACUUGCGCCACCGUAGUUUGUAAUUCCAAAAAUGCCGAAGAACAAAACAUUAUAUGUGUAAAUUAUGUGAUAAGCGGGAGAGAAUACGAGAACAUAGUGAUGGACUGCUGUCAAAUGGACGACAACAAGCACGUCGUCAAAAGAGAGGAAGCCACGAACAACGACCCAGAGAACGGAUCACCAGACGCCGAACGUGGAGAUGACCUAAACAGCGGAGGCCCCGCCAAUGCCCCCCAGGACCCGAACCAAGACAUGGAAGAAGCGACAGCUCCCGACCCGGAAGUUCCCAAAACCAAGGAGCCAGGCCUGGACUUGCAAGCGCAGCUCCAGGCUGCUCCGGCAGCCGUCAAGGACCAGCGCAAGUGCUUUCCGGCUCGCCGGAAGCGGAAGAACACCUCCUCGGACGAAGAAGACGAAGUCGCCACUCCUCGGGGCACCUCGGCUAUCAGCCCGGCUUCUAGCUGCCACUCGGCGAACGGAGUAGUCGCGGAGAUAGCCGAGACCAGCCCGAAGAAGCUCGACGAUGCUGUCAGCGUGACGACGUCGGUCAAGGACCUAGAGAACGCGAUGUCGAAGCAUCUGCCCGCCUGCAAGUCUCCAAUUCACCAGCCGACGGACUUCAGCACCGACGCGCUGCUGAAGCAGCAACAGAGGACGACCAUCCAGUGGAUAGGGGCGCACCAUCAGCAGCUGCAGCAGCAAGGACCGCUGCCCGCGUCGGCGCUGUUGCGGCAGCUCUACGCCAAUAGGGAGAGUGUGAUUCGGGCGAACGUACAGGGCGGUCGUUCUGGGAGCUCGCCCAACUAUUAUCCGAAUGACGGUCAAGUGUUGCCGACUGCACCGGGCAGUGAGGGUGGUUCCUCGUACAGUGAACACCAGUUUUUGCUCUCGCAGCAUCAGAACUAUCCCGCUAGCUACUACAUGGACUAUCACUCGAGCAUGACACCGCCUUCUAGCAUUUCUCCUCGCGAUAAGCAUCAGCAGCUCCAUGGGGCGGUGGCUUUCGAGUCGGGGGUUCCUUAUCAGGAGGUGCUGAGGCACCAGUACCCGGACAGUCCGCUGCCGCUCAAGCCUCAGGUGUAUUCGUAUGUGGAUCAGCCCCAGUUUUACCACCACGGUUCCACUGGGACUGCUGGGUUUCAUUUGUACCACUCGAGUAAAAACACGAGUAGUACUCCCUCGAAUUGGUAUCCUCCUUCAUAGUGACUUUGAUCCGUACGUACCUAUUCUGAUAUGAUGUGCCACUGUUAUUUUCACUGCUUUAGUUAUCUAUUGUACUUUUGAACAGCAAAACGUUGUAUGAGUAGUUGGCAGAUUGUUACUACGAUAGUAUUCGUUCAACUAUUUUUAAACCAAAGAAAUAAUACAAAAUAACAUGAGUGAAACGGUAGUUGGACUUAUUUAAUAACAAUUGAAUGCAAAUAUUGUAGAAUAUAUCGAAAAUAUCUAGUAGGUAGGUAUUAUGUUUAUAAGUAUGUAAAUAUUACGAGGAACGUGUUAUUUAGUAUUAUUCAAUUUAAAAGUGUCAUUGUCCGCCUAGUUCUCCAGUGUCUCCGUUGAAGUCUGCAUCAUAUAGAUUUUUUUUUAUUACUGAUUGAAACGAAUCUAGUGUCAUUUCUUUGAUGGAAAAAAACUUCAACAAUUAUUUUCAGUCAAUCGGAUUUUCUUGGUAAUAUAUUCGAUAAAUCAAUAUAGUUGAUAUAAAAUUUAGGGUGGGCCUCAUUAGGAUAAUGGACCUUUAUAGGCGCACCUACCUAUAGGCAGAUCAAAAAUGUUAUAGUUGCAACAAUUUUUUCAAAAUGUUUUUAGCGUUUCUGUUUUCAUUUUGAAAUAUAUCCAAUGUACAGAAAAAACUCACCAGUCUGGUCUUUUCGAAUUCUGCGGAAUUUGAAUGAGCCGAAAAAAAUUCAGUGGGUGUGUAUAUAGCAAACCGAAAAAUACACAACUUUUUCAUCAAACUUUUCCGGAAUUUCAAAAAAAUACCCCAUUUUCCAAAAAUCGCCAACAUCAUUUUGUAAUAUUGUCAAAGAAAAUCCUAUUCAUGAACUCUGAAUUCACGGAAACUAUACAGGGUAGCCUGAAUUUUCUUCAAUAAUCAAUGGAAGAUACUUGCAUAAAGGGAUACUUAUCAGUAAACGGUUCUCAGAAAUACAACAUAACUUGAAUACAGGGCAUUAAUGUUGUAAUAAUUCCAUAUCCUAGGAAAAAGAAGAGUUAUCCUUCUCAUCGAGUUAUAUGCACAUUUCCUUUUUAUGUUUGGUUAAGGAGCACUUUUGUAUUUUCUUAGAUAUGGCAUAAUAAACUCAACUCUAUCUCUAUAUAACUUCUCGAAAUUAAUGCAGGAAAACCUGGACUACCCUGUUCAAUAACAAGAAAAUCCCAUAUAUAUAUAUUUCAACUGUGAUACUGUAUAUGCAUAACUAAAUAUAUAAGCAGGACUGUAUAUUGUAUAUCUUAAGGCAAUCUGACAUCAGAUUUUUUUCAAGUUUACUAAUAUGACGUAGCAGACUGACUAGUAGGUACAUAUACCUACAUCGUAACCUGUGAAUCAUUUUCUUGAUAAAUGGUCCUUUAUUAAAUAGGAUGUCACAAAAUUAGUGGCCGCAAUUUCAAAAUUCUUAGCAAAUGACAAUUUCAACUAUAGGGAGAAGCCAAAAUACUCAAAGUGGAAUAAAAUGGUGACAAAGAGAUAGAAACUCUAAGUCAUUACCACAAUAGUUUAUGAAUUGGACGAAAAUGGUGUAGAUAACGAGAGAAAAACAACUACUUUUCUGGCUACAUGCCACACGCAGAACAUUGAAUUUUAUCCUCCCGAAAUCUAUGGAACGAUUAGUAUAAUAUAGACAAAUACAGUUAAAUGUGUUUCUUUCCUUAAUGCUGGGUUGUGCUUGAAUUGUUCAGGACCGUUUGACUAUCUUCAGAUCGGUAUCGAGCUUUGGCGCUCAUCAGGGAUGUGCCCAGAUGGCAUUAAUGACCGCCAUCUGGUGCGAACCUGACCCAACGGAAACACCUCUCAGUAUAAGUGCAACUCAGCCUUUAGGAAAGAAAUACUUGCAACCAUAUUCGUCUUUCUGCGUGAGAUAUAGCCAGGAGAGUAGUUGGUUUUCUCUGGUAAUCUAUAACAUUUCCUUCCAUUUCAUGAACCAUUGCGGUAAUGACUUUGAGAUUCUACUUCUUUGUUAGAUGACAUUUUACUAACGGACUGGACUCAUUCCAAAACUUCAUUUAUGGCGUAUCAAACAGGGGGUGAAGAGUGGAAUAUAUGCCUCUAAUGCCGUGUAUGCAAACGUCUGAGUAGUUUGUUUAUUCCCAGCUAGCACAAAAACAUCUCAGAGAUGUUAAAAGUACGAGAUUUCGUGACAUUGAACCUCCACUGCGAUGUUCUGUUCAGACAUGAAUAGAACCAUUAUAGAACAGUCAAUGUCCGCCG